UUCCGCACCUUGCAGGUUCUGCUCCUUCAUGGUCUAGUCUUAUGGACACCAGCAAACAGUGGGAUUACUAUGCACGAAGAGAGAAGGAUAGGGAACGUGAGAGAGAGCGGUCCCGAGAUCGGGAUCGCGACCGGGACCGAGACAGAGAUCGAGAACGUACCAGAGACAGGGAGAGGGACCGAGAUCACAGUCCAACUCCAAGUGUGUUCAACAGUGAUGAAGAACGAUACAGAUACAGAGACUAUGCAGAAAGAGGCUAUGACCGCCAUAGAACAAGUAGAGAGAAAGAAGACCGACACAGAGACAGGAGACACAGAGAGAAAGAAGAGACUAGACACAAGUCAUCUCGAAGUAACAGCAGACGUCGUCACGACAGUGAAGAAGGGGACAGCCACAGAAGGCACAAACACAAAAAGUCCAAAAGAAGCAAAGAAGGAAAAGAAGCCAGUGGUGAACCUGCUCCUGAACAGGAAAACACUGAAGCUGCCCCUGUGGAAUAGGCUUGUGUGAUUUUUGCCUACUUGCAUAUAUAUUAGUGCCAGAAAUAGAUUACUAUAAAUCUUGUUAUUUUUCUGGGUAUUAAAAUAAUUUGCUCUUAAUCUUGUUCUGUUAGUUUGAAAUCAAAGGUUACUUUGUUUUUUUGAAAAUAAAAGAAUGAAUUUUUCAUGUUAA